AUGUCUUCGAUCUUUGCGUCAGAUGGCAAAGAUAGCUUGCAGGACUUCAGUAAUGACGUGGAGGCGGUGGAAAUACAUGUCAACGAGCUCAGCGUCAAGGUUUCUAACCUCCUCAACAACGUCAUGAGCUCCAAAUCCAGCCAAGACUGCUUGCAAGCACUGCAGAAGAGCCGGGACGUCAUCGAGCGAGCCAAAACACGCGACCGAAAAAUACGCCUUGAACUUGCUUCUGCCACCACCGAGGUACCCACGGCGCUGCGGAUGCAAAAAAACAAACUCAGCAGCGCCCUCGAAACCAAAGUCAAACAGUUCAACCAGCUGUCUAAGCAAAUCGAUAACGCAAUAGAACGUGCCGCCAAAACACCACUUGCGCGCUCAGCGUCGCCCUUGCCUCCCUUCCUCACGCCCGAAAGACGAGCAGACCAAACAUCCAUUGUCAUCAACACUCUCGACAACACAGACAACCUCCAGACGCUGAGACAAGUCCACCAGGGACUCGAAACAACCCAACAAAUCUUUGACGAGCUGGACUGCCUCGUUCGCCAGCAACAGCAGCAGUUCGGGACACUGGAAAGCGCGGCCGCGAAUACCAAACACUUCACCAAGUAA